UGGACGGACACCCCGAGGCACCGGAGAGCCGCUCUCCGCCGGUACCGCCCGCUCGGCUUUGGGCUUACAAAAGCCCCGUGUGCCUCUCAGAACAGCACCUGGAAAAGGGGGAACGUUGGCAUCGCUGGCUUUGCACGACACCUGUGAUUUUACACUCUUGUUUCCUGGCACGCUCCGGUCGAGCCUCCGCAAAGAUUUCCCUGCGCCGCGUCCUUCCCCCUCCCCGGGCGGGUGCGGGCACGGGCACAGCCACUUCGAUGCAGGCUCGGGGAUUUUUUCAGCGCUCUCACGGACUGUACGUGCUCUAAAUGCCUACAAUACAGAGGAAUCCGCCUGCUCCUAAUGGGAUGCAUCUGCAGAGAGGAAGAAUUCCUCAUUUAAGAUGGGUAAUAAGCAAACGAUAUUUACUGAUGAACAGCUAGACGCCUACCAGGACUGCACCUUCUUCACUCGGAAGGAAAUCCUUCGGUUGCACGGCCGAUACUACGAAAUGGCCCCCAACGUCGUGCCCAUGGACUACACAAAGGACCCAGAUGUCAAACUACCUAUGCAGCUGAUAAUUAACAUGCCUGAGCUCAAGGAGAAUCCCUUCAAAGAAAGGAUUGUGUCAUCUUUCUCAGAGGAUGGAGAGGGCAGCCUCAGCUUCAACGACUUCGUGGACAUGUUCUCCGUGCUCAGUGAAAUGGCUCCCAGAGAGCUCAAAGCAAUCUACGCCUUUAAGAUCUACGAUUUUAACACAGAUAACUUCAUUUGUAAAGCAGACCUGGAGCAGACGCUGAAUAAGCUGACGAGGGAGGAGCUGACGGCAGAGGAGAUCACCCUGGUGUGUGAGAAGGUGAUAGAAGAGGCUGACAUGGAUGGGGAUGGCAAGCUGGGCUUUGCAGAUUUUGAGAACAUGAUUUCCAAAGCACCAGACUUCCUCAGCACUUUCCACAUCAGGAUCUGAAGAUGUUGCUGAGAGCCGGUGGUAUCAGAAAUGACUUUGCCAGCCCAGCCUUCCUGAAUCUCAGGCACUCCAGGGGCUUUUGUCCUCUCCUGAGGGCUUCUCUGAACUCAGCAGGAAGUCCUGAGGGAAUUCUGAUCCACAAGGAGACACAAACAUCACUACAGGAUCUUUGGAACAGUCACAUUUUUAUCUCCACUGCUGGCCAAGCACUCUGGCAAAGAUGGUUGGUGGUUGGGUCGUGCUUUUUUUGGUUUCUUCCCCCCCACACACACCCCCUUUUUUUAAACAGUGAGAACCAGAAUAUUAUUAAAGGUAUUUCCACAUAGUUUUUAUAUUUAUGAAUAUUUAAUACUGCUCUUAAAAGUGCAAAAAAAACCAAAACGAAAGAAUGAGAGAAAGGUUAGCUCUGGUGUGUUUUCCAAGAGGAUUUGGAAGGGCCUUAACCAACGAGAUGCCUCUAUCACUGUGUGGUGACUGUCCUUCCUCUGCUGGGCUCCUGCAUUUCACUCCUCCUGUGGGCUGCUGAUGCUGAGAGGAUGAACGUGGUCACCUGGGACUCGGGAACAAGUUGAAGAAGCACAGAACUCCUCCCAAGGACACGAAAAGACCUUUUCUUUCUAAACCAGCUAUGCAAUCUUUCCCAUAAAGUGCAUGAAUGCAGCUCUGUAUUCCUCUCCCCCCUCCAGAUCUUUCUUUUUUUCCCCCACUUCCAGUAUUGUUUAGGUACUGGGGCCUGAAGACAAUCAGAUGUGUGUGAAUUCCUGUUCUAACAGUCAAUGGAAGGGCUCUGUCACUUCACAUGGCUUCUGUAUCAAAGUCAUCUCCAUUAAAACCUUUGAGUCA